AUGACUGAGAGAGUGGAGUUUAGAAGAUAUUAUGAGCCACAAAUACUUUCACUUGGUCCAUUUCAUCUGGCAAAGCGAGAACUACUUCAGGGAACGCCAUAUAAAGUAGCAUGGACAGCAAUGUAUGUUAAGCAUACUAAUCAACCGGUGAAGGAUUUAUUUCAGAGAAUUCAUAAUCACGAUUUGAAUCUGCUCAAAAGAUCGUCUGAGAUAUACAAAGACCAAGCAGAAUACGAGACAGCUCGUGUAUAUGGCGAACUGGAGAACCUAAAAGACUUUCUGGCGUGGUUGUUAGUAUUGGAUGGAUGUUCUUUACUUCAAUUGAUGGAAAAAUCAGAGAACCUAGAAGAUAUAGAGCAAGAGCUAUGGAUCAGCAUUGACAAGCUUGUACGGGUGCACCAGGAUGUUCUUAUCUUGGACAACCAGAUUCCCUUCCAAGUGCUCAGGCUCUUGUGCAACGAUGAAGUCCGGCUCGAAAAAUGCCUCCACAACUUCCUUCAAGUACAUGGUAUUAAGACAGCACCCAAGCUUAGCGAAGGAAACCCCAUCCAUCUUCUAGAUUAUCUACGAAAGGCGCUGUUGAUGAGAGACCUCAACACAAUUCACAAGGAGAUCGAGAUCAAGAUUGAUAUCCAGAGGAGAUCCCUGCACCUGAGGAGGUAUAGGAUUGGGACGAUACGGGAGCUCAUGGCAGCUGGGAUUCGUGUGAGAAAACAUUCCCGCAACUCUGUCUACCCGACCUUCAAAGAUGGGAUGCUGGAGCUUCCUGAACUCAUUGUGGAUGGCUCAACGGCUCAUAUCUUCCUCAACCUAGUAGCCUAUGAGAUGUGUCCUACUUUUCGAAACCAAUUAGAGAUAAGCUCAUUCUUAGUGUUUAUGAGCUCUCUCAUUGACCAGCCAGAGGAUGUGAAGGAGAUGAGAUUGGCUGGCAUAAUUAUCAAUGAACUUGCCAGUGACAAAGAAGUGGCUGAUCUUUUUAAUAAGAUGGACAGUGUUCUCGUGCCCGAAACGCCAUUGUUCGCUCACAUCAGAGACCAAAUCCAUACACAUUUUGAAUCCAAGCGAGGUAAGAUCAAGAUUCUAACUUGGAUGGGAGAGGCCUAUAACACGUUUUUCCGAUCCCCUUGGACCGUUAUUGCCUUGCUGGCUGCUACGCUUGGCCUUCUUCUCACAUUUAUACAAACAUGGUUUGCUAUCCACCCUACAGCUUCAUGA